CGGAAGCAGAGCGGUGGACAAAGAAUACCGUACACACGCGGGUAAUAUUGACAGAAUCCUACAAGAAAAGUCAAUGCCAGUGUGACCAUGGAUGGGUACUCGGUCCAUAAAGUAAUAGGUGAAGGGUCCUUUGGUCGGGCACUGCUGGUCCAAUCCAGAACCAACCAUGAGAACUAUGUCAUGAAAGAGAUCCUACUCCCAAAGAUGCAAUCCAAGAUGGAGAACACCAGAAGAGAAGCUGUACUCCUGUCCAGGAUGAAACAUCCCAGCAUAGUGGCCUUCAGGGACUCUUUUGAAGGUGAUGGCCACCUGUACAUAGUAAUGGAGUUCUGUGGCGGGGGGGACCUGCUCCAAAGGAUACAGCAACAGAAAAACACACUGUUCUCACAGGACACAAUUCUGAAGUGGUUUGCUCAGAUGUGUUCUGGUACGAAGCACAUCCAUGACAAACGUGUCUUACACAGGGAUCUCAAGUCCAAGAAUAUCUUCCUGACAGACAAUGGGACAGUGAAGCUGGGUGACUUUGGCUCAGCCUGUGUUCUAAACAGUACGAAGGCCUUUGCUCACACCUACGUUGGAACUCCGUACUACGUUUCCCCUGAGAUCUGGGACAGUAAGCCAUACAAUAAUAAGAGCGACGUGUGGUCUCUCGGCUGUGUCCUCUACGAGCUCUGCACCCUGCGACACCCGUUCCAGGCUCCUAGUUGGAAGAGUCUGAUCAUGAAGGUGUGUCGUGGUUCCUACCCUCCUCUACCACAACACCUGCCUUAUGAGCUGCACUACCUGGUCAAACACAUGUUCAAGACCAACCCCAAAGACCGUCCGUCCCUCCACACCAUCCUCACGUCUCACCGCGUAGCCAGACUCCUGCGCAGACACCUGCCCAACAAGGAGUUGGAGAGGAGAACCGGGAGGUGGAGGAGAGAGGAGGGGGAGAAGGUAGCCUCACUCCUGGGGCAGAAGACCCUCAUGACAGCCUCUACCUUGGAGGGUCUGGAGUCCUGUGUGGCCCCUGCUGAGGCCCCUGCUGAGAGCGGCAGCAGUGGAGAGCAGCGUGGCCCUCGUAGACAGUGGGCCCCGUGCCCAUCAGACACAGCUCUACUGCUGUUGCCUAACACUGACCUCCUCUCCUCUGGGAGUCUGGCAACCGCAGGCCAGACACAUUCAGAGAACAGAGAGAGAAAAGUAUGGGACAGGAGUCCACCAGAGAGACUACUCCGUCUGUUAGAGAAAGCCCAGCUCAGCACCGCUUUCAGAACCUACUCCAUACACACAGAAGGGGAAGACCCUCUGGUAGGUCCCCUGUCCAGGGGAGGAGGGGACGACACAGACGGACAGACAGCCGGACAGACAGAGGAUGAAGACAGGCUGCAACCACGCUCUGAUGACGAGGACACAGACUUUGAAGAGGACUGUCCCUGUGACUGGAUGGAUGAACUGGAACAGAUGUCUAUGGACCACUGAUGUUACCUAGUGGUCUGCCUACCUAGAUAUGUCCACUACAGUAGUCCCCUGUCCACUACAGUAGUCCCCUGUCCACUACAGUAGUCCCCUGUC